CUAGACCAGCAAUUCUACAUCCGGAAGCUCAUGGGGUUCAAGUUCCGCAUUGAAUACAAAACCGGGGUCUCUAAUCGGGCCGCGGAUGCACUGUCACGACGUGACACAGCAGAUGAGCAUGCUGCCCAAUUUACUGCCCUUUCCCAGCCCAUUCCUAUCCUAAUGGAUGCAGUGCGUAUGGAGCAUCACACUAAGCCAGAUGUGUUGACCUUAAAAGCAGGUGUUACGGCCGGCACAACUGCUCCGGCGUUCACAAUCCAGGACGGCCUUCUUUACUACAACCGACGAGUUUAUAUCAGCCCAGAUUCCGCCCUACGAGACCAGCUUUUGGGUGAAUUUCAUAACACUCCAAUCGCAGGACACCAAGGGGUUGAGCGGACUUUUCGGCGAUUGGCGGCGGUGUUUUAUUGGCCAGGUUGUCGCAUUCACGACGUGUUUCACGUCUCCCUUCUUCGGCCGUUCGUGGCCCGGGACACGGGAAUUCCAGCCCCUACUUUGCCUACUGACUUCAUCCAGAACCGUCCUGUAGCCGUUCCCUUGGCCGCUAUUCGUAGUCGGACAGUACUCGUCAACGGAGCACCGGAAGAGCAGUGGUUAAUUCAUUGGUCAGAGGGGCCCGAGGACGACGGCACUUGGGAGCCCGUGAGUAUGCUUCGUGAGCGUUUUCCCACCCUCCGCCUUGAGGACAAGGCGCUUUCCAACGGUGGGGGAGUUGAUACGGAUCAAGUGGACUCGGACCGCAGGGAACAAGCUGGGCCUGUCGCUCCUACGGUGGUGCGACGGUCACAAAGGGUCGUUGGGCCACCCCAACGAUACACGGAUUAUAUUCGUCAUUAAUCACCAUUUUGUCGUUAAUUAUUAUUUUUAUUCAUUUAUUUAAAUCAAUUAUUUGUAUUCUAGAUUUUUUUUAGGUGAGCAAGACCAUAAGCUCCUUCAAAGGUUUUCUUUUCGGUUCUUUCCCUUGACGCCUUUUUUGAACCGACAGGGUAGGAUUAGGGUUUUCUUUAUUUCCUAUAAAUAUGUCUCGAAUCUAUCAAGCAAGGCAUGGAAUAAGAAAAUUAGAAUAGUUAU